CCGCGACGUUGGCGAGCCUGCGCGACUCCGACCGAAGUCGUCCUCACGAGUGUUUUCUCCCCACCGACGUUUUAACCUCUUUCUCUCUCUCAGGUCCUCGCGACCGAUCCGCGGUGCCGGAAUAAUCGCGCGAGGAUUUUUGCGAUAGUCACGAGGCCGACCUCGCCGUCGACCGUCCAGCGGACUGUACACUGACUAGCAUAACCCUCCGCACAUUGCACCUCUGGCCAACAUGGCGGCGACGUUAGGUCGAAUUUGUAAAUCGGGUCUUCUGAAACCGAAUUACGGCACGUUGAUCGGCCAGACCAGUAAUUUUUCCACUGUGAAAGAAUGGCCUAGGAGUCGGAAAGUGUUAUUAACAUGCUUAGGAGUGACUGCUGGAGGCAUCAGUGCCUUCAUCUAUGCUUUAGAUAGCUCUGUAAGAGCUAGUGAUUUGAUAGCUCAUCCUCCGACGUACAAAUGGGACUUCUACGGAUGGUUCAAUUCACUAGAUCAUGCUAGCAUGCGACGAGGAUGGGAGGUUUACAAGAAUGUGUGUGCGGCUUGUCACAGCUUGCAAUACGUGGCAUACCGUCACCUCGUUAAUGUAACUCACACCGAAGCGGAAGCCAAAGCUAUCGCGGAAGAAGUCAUGAUAGAAGAUGGCCCUGACGAGACAGGAGCAUACUUCAAACGUCCAGGUAAACUGUUUGACUAUGUGCCAUCUCCAUAUCCGAAUGAAGAAGCUGCCAGAGCAUCGAACAAUGGUGCUUAUCCACCUGAUCUGUCUUAUAUAAUCAAUGCCAGGCACGACGGAGAGAACUACGUUUUCUCCUUACUGACUGGAUAUUGUGAUGCACCAGCCGGUGUAACUUUAAGAGAAGGACAAUAUUUCAAUCCAUAUUUUCCGGGUGGUGCCAUUAGUAUGGCACAGGCUAUUUAUGACGAAGUCUUAGAAUAUGAAGAUGGUACUCCAGCAACUGCUUCUCAAGUAACAAAAGAUAUUACCACAUUCCUAAUGUGGACUGCCAAUCACGAGUUCGAUGAAAGGAAACAAAUGACUAUUAAGGCUAUUGGAAUAUUCGCAAUUCUCACUGCUGCCGCGUACUACUUCAAGCGACACAAGUGGACAACUGUAAAGAGUACAAAGAUAAUGUUUGUCCCGAAGAAGUAUCGUUAGCCAAUGGAAAUUAACGCCGCGACGUUAGCUUUUGCGCUGGUAUCAGAACGUAGUUUCGCAAUUUAAGCAAAUAUAUCCGGCAAGUUGUUGGCUCCUUUCUGAAGAUUCAAACUUAUUCAUAUACAACAUUUGAUGAACCGUCAAUUGUCAUCAUUACCAAAAAUCUAUUAAAUUAAAACAUUGUACAUAGUAUACCAAAUGGAGUCAUCGUCUGAUUUAAAUAAAUUGUUAAACAUAAA